AUGACUACCCAAGCCCAUCCUGGGCCCGCUGAAGUCGGAAUCACCGACCAAAAUGUCAUUAACAAUUACUUCAUCGGCCCACGGGCUUCCAACAUGCCUGAUUUCAGAGCAAACAUCAACACCAUCCUAGAUGAACUGCUCGAAACCAGACUAGAUUAUUACCACGAGGAUAAUAAGCCCGAAAGUCAAAAGGCAUUCCAAAAGGUCAGGGACAACUUUGGUGAUGUCGUUCGAAAGGUUGCGCAGUUGCUGGGAGAGCACUCGGUGCCUUUCUGGUCUCCGCGCUGUGAAGCCCACAUGUGA